AGAUUUUGAAAUAAUGUGCGUGAUUUAAAAGAUAAUUUGUGAAGAAAAAUCGAAAUACUAAGUUUGAGGCAUUCCAGUGUUGCAGCUGCUUUGUGAAAUAAAAAUUGUAAUGGCUUGGCGCCUUGUCGUCACCAACCUCAAAUCCAUUCAAACCCUAACCCUAAAAAACAUCCUUCGCCAUUCAUCUCCUUCCUUCUUCAACCAGAAUUUCCCAUUCUCCACCUCCUUCCUCAUCACCAAACUCCCCAAGAAGUUCAGGAAGAAACGCAAGAAGCACGAAACCCCUAGAACCAAACUCAUCCAAUCAGAAUCCAAUCGCAUUUCUCACUUCGAGCGCAUCCUCCAAACCGAUUCCUUCUUCAGAUUUCUUUUUAAGUCGAAGGAUUUCCUCUCCAAGCAGCCGGAGCACGUUCUUCGCCUCGACGAUGCCGGCAAACUCUAUCGCGAGCUCGGCUUCCCGAGAGGUCGCAAAGUCGCUCGAUCUAUUGAACGCCAUCCGCUACUUUUCGAACCCUAUCGUCAUGCCGACGGGAAAAUGUGGUUCGGAUUUACGGAGUUCAUGGAAGAGUUGAUCGAGGAAGAGAAGAGGAUUAUGGACUCCAUGGAGCUGGAUAGGGUUACAAUUGUGAGGAAGUUGCUGAUGAUGUCGGCGAAUAAGCGAAUUCGAUUGAGCAAAAUCUACCAUUGCAGGUCGGUGUUUGGAAUUCCGGAGGAUUUUAGAGAUCGAGUAGGGAAAUAUCCACAUUACUUCCGAGUUGUGGUUGAAGAUGAUGGGAAGAGGGUGUUGGAAUUGGUGAAUUGGGACCCUCAAUUGGCCGUUAGUCAGCUCGAGAGAGAGUUUGUAGUGAACGAGGAUAAGGUGAAAAGGACAUUCAAGUUUCCUGUGAAACAUGGGAAGGAUUUGGAUUUGGAUGAGGAUGAUACGAGGAAGCUGAAUUUGUUGAAUACACUUCCAUUGGUUUCGCCAUAUUCAGAUGGAUCGAAGCUGGAACUUUGGACAUUGGAUGCAGAGAAGUACAGGGUUGGCGUGGUGCAUGAGUUCUUGAGUUUGACAUUGGAGAAGAAGGCUUCAAUUCAUCAUAUUGUGGAGUUUAAGGAGGAGUUUAGCUUGACUAAGCAUACUUAUCAGAUGCUUUUGAAGCAACCCAGAACCUUUUAUCUGGCUGGGACUGAAAUGAAUUGGGUUGUUUUCUUAAAGGACGCAUACAAUGAAAAUGGUGACUUGAUUCAGAAAGACCCUCAAGUAGUUUUCAACGAGAAGCUGCGUAGAUAUGCUCAAAUGCAGAAAAUGGAAUGAUAUCCCAUCAAAGGUGUAAUGAUAUCGAAUAUCGAUUCAGGAAUGAACUGUUUCUGUUUAUCCAAUGAGUUAAAUAUAUAUAUCUCCUUCAGCAAAUAC